CAUGCUCAAGAAUACAAUAAGCACAUAGUACAAGCCCAUGUGACCUUAAGGAAGAGUUAUGUUCAAAAAGCUGUCAUCCAUUUGGCAGUCAUACAAGUACAGAUUCGUGCCAUGGAUUGCUUUGAAUCUGAAGAAGAGAAACGUCAUCAUAUCCAUUUCUUGUGAAUGAAGGACAAGACAAGUGGUGCUGUGACAUACUAUAGUAUAUGAAUUCUCUUGAGUCAUUUCUGAAGUGUUUAUUUUUUUAACCUCUGAGGAAAUCUACCAAAAACAAUGCCGCCUUAUAAGCCUUUUCUUUCUCUGACCAACAUAUGUAUUGAAUGGGUGUUACAGUGGCUCGCUAGGAAUGUGAAGCGACUAGGAGCACCAAAGGAGCGCCUGAAACAGCGGGAAUACAUUACAGCACACCUCAAUUCCAAUAUCAGACAAAGGCUUCUCAACAUCAUUUUCCAACAGCACAUGUACAAGUGGGAUCUGUCAAGCAAAUGCCUGAUACUGGAGCUGUUGGGAGACCGUAGUACUCAGAUUGUUGACUUCACAAAAGGAGGCUAUGGCUUUGUAGAUGAGGUAUGGCACUUCUACCGCACACUUACCAUUGGCUUGAUGGUCAAUCUGACUAAGAUUGGUGUGACCUGCAACUUGAAGACAGAGUCAGACAAGAAGUAUUUAGUAGACAUUAAUCACACUUUCUAUCGAAUCUUCAAUCAGAUGAAGAACUUGCGAUGGGUGAUUCUGAAGGGGGUUGCCGACACAGUACUUCUUGGAAUGAUGGGGACAAAUUGUCCUUAUCUUGAGUAUCUAGAUGUCAGAGAGUCCUAUAAGGUUGAUGAUGAGUCUGUAGCAAACCUUCUGCUGAAAGAUCCUUUAUCUGUAGAGGGCAGAAAUCUGCAAAAGCUAAGCCUACAGGAUAUCCCAACACAACCUUGUGCCAAGAACUUAAAGUAUGUUUGUUUGAGUGAGACUAAUGUGAGUCUAGUAAGUGCUGUCAUUCUUUUGCAUUAUGUCCCCAAACUUCAAUCGUUUGGGGGAGACAUUCAUGCUGGUUCCAUCAGCAGUGUCAUGGAAGUAUUGCAGCCAGUGGAAGGUCACAUGACCUUCCAGCUACAAGAGUUGUGGGAUGCAAGGAUCCUACCACACCAUGCAUCUCUUAUGAACAUAGUGUGUCCUCAUCUCACCUGCCUCAACACUGAUGCUUCCUCUCUUGACUGCCUUCAUAUUCUCAGCUCCAUCUCAUCCCUCACUCUCAGCCUUUACUACCGUAAUUUUGUGAAUCAGAUAUACGACUAUCUCCUCGGUAAUGGAGAGAACUUGAAGAAGCUCAUACUUGUAGACCACAUCAAUUGCUACCUUGAUCUGUCAUGGCUGGUGGAACUCACCCCCAACUUGGAGCAUUUAGAAUCUUCUGUAGCCUUGCAAGAAGGAACGGAGAUGUCAGACUGGCCAUACCUAAAGUUUGCACGGGUAACUGUUGGGACAUCCAAGGUCCUCCUAGGUCUUUUGACCAAAGCACCUGAAUUGAGAGAACUGGAUAUCACCUUUGAAAGAGAACCAUACCAAGAGACCUUUGAGUGCAUCAAUGAUGACCUAAUCGUCUAUGCAGUAAUUGAAGAUGGCCUUAGAAAAUUACACAAGCUAAAGAUUAAUGAGUGUGCCAUUGGCUUGAAAGGAAUAGACUGUCUGCUCUUGCACUGCCCUGACUUGUGCUACCUAGCCCCUCUUGCCUUCUGGCAUGGGCUCUCUAAUCAGGAUUUGCAUUCCCUUGUUCAGCGAAUCAAGGAGAAUAAUUGGCAGCUCAAGCUUAUUAUGCGCACAGACUGGGAGGAUGGCCAAGAACUUCGGGAGAUUUUAAAGGCUUUUUGAUAUUCUUGAAAAUUACUAAUUAGUGAUUAGUAAAUACCACUACCUUCAUGUGUUGGUUCAAAAAGUCUUAAGGUGUCCUCUGUACGCAUCAAAACUUCAUUCUGGAUUAAAGUUAAUCCAAAUUCACAGUACUUGCACAGAAGAUGCAAGACACACUGCCAGCCACACGAAUCAGUGUGAUUAUCAGUAAAUCUGUAUCUAUGUAAUGGCAAUUAGCAUUCACCCUCUACUAGUUUCAUAUUAUAUGCUAAUGUUGAAAAGGAAACGUUUGCUACGGAAGAAAUAUAUAUAUAUAUAUAUAUAUAUAUAUAUAUAUAUAUAUAUAUAUAUAUAUGCUAGUAUUAUAUCAUGCCAAUGUACGUUAGUACAAAUAAAAUUAUAUAAAUGGCUUCAAAUAGCCUAUAAAUAUUAUACACAACCGAAAUAAAGGUGUCAAACAAAAAUGCGGUACUCUUAAUAUCAAUUUAUAAUUGAUAUUAUAAAUUGAGAGCUCUUUCCCGUGUUUGAUUGCAGGGCAUGGGUAGGGUAGUUUUCAGGGUGUUGCUAGUGAGGAUCAUGAUAACACAUGUCCACGCGGUUUCGAAGUCUAGUUUAAAGAAUCAGAAAGUUUGUACUUUAAAUCUAAAAUCUAAUUGUGAUGUUAUCAAAAGCCCCCUCUUAUUUGAUUAAUAUAUUGCAUAAGUUGGGAAUAUUUUUUCAAACCGGGAAAUAACAUUGCCUUUUCUGUGUCUGUGAACUCUGAAAUUCUCUGUAGGAUUUUCUUUUUGUUUCCUUUCAAUGUUGAGAGUUAUAUCUGCAGUUUGAAUAUCCCAUAACUUAUAAAAAUAUAUUGAUGAAUUUUCAUAUACAUCUUUGACAUGAAAUUGU